AUGAAGACUGGCGUGUCAAUAUCGCUCCUCAGUUUUGUGUUUGUACUGAUACGGCCGGGAAUUUGUGAGGGAAUAGAAAAAGUGUCCUAUCUGCUACAGUACGGACCCGGUGUGCAUACGGUAUUCGAGCAGGGAAAUUCACCCGAAAAGGUUACGGCGAACGUAAAAGAUAGAGUAGCACCUUCCACAACGCCGUCGACCUUAACCUCGAAAACUACGACCAACAGUUCGGUCGAAGUGUCUGCAAGCACCACUACAGUGUUACCGCAGCCAACCACAGUGUAUCACACCCUAGCCAGUGUUGGUAGCUUACAGCUUCUUUCCGACACAGCUGUAACGGAAAGCGUGCCACACACGACCGGCAACGUGACUCGCGCGAUAGUGGGAAUGCAUUCGACUGAACAAAAUAGUGACAUAAGUUCUACGAUUUUUACCAAUGCGCUCACGCCUCCACACCCUCUCAAGCUCGACAUCACGAGCGAAGAGAAGAAACGCCCUACCGAUGCCGGAUCAUUGGCCCCGGAUGAUCGACGACGUAAUUCAGUGUCCGGUGCGUGCCGCACCCCAGUAUCCGUCCUUCAAAAGCUUCAUCCCUUACCGCUACCACCACCGCUGCCCACCUUCGGGGCGAUCCUCCGUUCGGAUGUGAUGGUAAACCUCAAGCCGAAGGAACUGCGCACACUAAUGAGCACAUACAUUGGGCUGAUCGAGGCGUACAAGAGCUUCAACCAACAGCAGAAGCGAAAUAUAGCCCACCUGGAGGAGGAACUGGCGCGCCACGAGCUUAUCACGAACAGGGCAAAUCGGUUGAGAAACACCAAGGUUGAAAUAUUAAACAAGUAA